AUGGUUCUCGGGCACGGACACAGGCGACAUUCUCUUACAAGCACCCGGUCCUCGACCGACUCGCUGAGACACGAUGAAGUCACCAAAGAAGACGAGACUGUGGUCGAUGCGGAUCAGGGCAACGUUCUAUCGCACAUAAUCUCACAGCUGCGACCCGGCGCAGAUCUCAGCCGAGUAACACUUCCUACAUUCAUUCUGGAGCCUCGAUCAAUGUUGGAGAGGAUAACCAACUUCAUGGCUCACCCGGAUACACUACUCCCUAUGACCAAGAUCGAGGACCCCGUGCAGAGAUUCGUAGCCGUCGUGAGAUUCUACUUGAGCGGCUGGCACAUCAAACCUCCGGGCGUGAAGAAACCACUCAAUCCAAUCCUGGGCGAGAUAUUCACCUGUUACUGGGACUACCCCGACCACACCCGGGGAUACUACAUCGCCGAACAAACCUCCCAUCAUCCUCCAAAGUCGAGUUAUUUCUUCAUGGCGCCUGACCAUCACAUCCGAAUUGACGGCACGCUUAAGCCGAGGAGCAAGUUUCUGGGAAAUUCCGCAGCGAGCAUGAUGGAAGGCAUAGCAGUCAUGAGGUUUUUGAACACAGGAGAGCGAUUUUUCGUCACACAGCCCAAUAUGUACGCGCGCGGCAUUCUGUUCGGAAAGAUGAAGUACGAGCUCGGCGAUCACAGCUAUGUUCGCUGCCCGGAAUCCGGUCUGGUCGCGGACAUCGAGUUCAAAGUAAAGGGUUACUUUGGAGGCACAUACAAUGCGAUCGGAGGCUACAUCAAAGACUCCAGGACGGACAAGGCUCUCUUUGAGUUAUCGGGACUUUGGAAUGAGGAGAUGUACAUCAAAGAUCUCACGACCGGCAAGAAGGAGCUGCUAUUUGAUGCCACGCAUGCGAAAGAACAGGUACCCACUGCACGACCAUUAGAGGAGCAGGACGAGCGCGAGUCGCAGCGACUUUGGGCAAAGGUCACUCAGGCAAUCAAAGACAAAGACCAGGACACAGCAACGGAUGAGAAAACUCGCAUUGAAGACAUGCAACGCAGUGAAGCUGCUAAGCGGAUGAAUGAUGGUAUCGACUGGCACCCUCAAUUAUUCCGACGAGUACAGGGGGGCCAUGGGAAUUCGGAGGAGGGCGAGGAGGACUUGGAUUGGAUCAUCAACGCUAAAGUUGAUGGAAAGACACCCGAAGAGCAGGUGAAGCAAAUUCUUCAGAUUUCUGCCAUCUUGCCAGGACAAACGCCACGUCGGCAAUUCAAUAUCCCAACGCGUACCAACAGCCUCGAACGUGUCCCAACGAGAACACAGGUCAACCCAGAGAACCCCAAGCAGGAUACACCCACGCACAAUGACCUGAUCGAUCUGAGCGAGCCAGCAGUUGCUCCACCCGCCGCAAAGAAGGAAGCGACCCAGCAAAACCUGAUUGACUUUGAUGACGAACCAGUCUCACAGCAAGCGAAGAACGAACCACCGUCGGCGGCGUUGCAGUCCCUCUCGAUAUCGCAAUCCGACUCGCACAAUAAGCACACCACGAAUCACCCCUCAUCAGAAACCCAACAACAAGUGAAUCCGCCCUCGAAGCUACUACACUCCACGCCCGGAGAACCACCAAAGGGACCUGGAAGCACGCAAAGGACAAAUUCGGAGACUCACGAGCCGGAAGAGUUCCAUGACGCUUUGUCAUAGGCCUGUACGGCCUUGAAUCAUCUAGGAAUCGCAGUUUUCAAAUUCUCUUUCAACCUUUGGACUUGACGAUGAUUCCCAUUGCCUUUCUUUUGUCGAGUUCUUUCGCAUAGGGCAUCUCCUUCUCUCUCCUUUAGUCUUGAGUGCCGUUAUA